GCGCCGGGUGGGGGGGGCGCGAGACCGCUCACCUGACCAGCGCCCUCCAUCCGGCUAGGUACUGCGACAACGCCACAUCCCCUUCGGGGUUCAGACUGGCGCGGAACGGCCACAUCACGCGGCCCACCACCCCCUGGGGGCCCACACAUUGAGGCUCUUCCCACUCGGGGGCCUCCAGGGGACCUGACUGCCGCGGGACCUGGGGGCAGACACGGGCGGAAGGGGGCGGGAGGAGAACCCCUAGCCUGCGGGGCCUCGUUCGCCCCGCAGCCCAGUGGGGCCCUGCAGAAAUGAGUCCUACGGCUGGCGUCUCUCCUGCUGUACUCGGCCUCGGACGGGAGAGGGGACGCGCCGCCUGUCACCAGAUCCUCAGCCUGGCCCCUCUGCCCCCGAUCGGGGCCCCACCCGGAGCUCCCGGUCCCAGCCCCGUGCCGAGCAUACCUGGACAGGCGAUGUUCCCUCGGGAAUGCACGACUGUGUCCCCGAUCUGCAGCCUGAGAGGGCGCCUGGGGAGGGGCGAGACCCAGCGGUGAGGGCGCGAGGAGGGGGUCUAGGUUCCCAGCGCUUGGCUUCCCGGGUCCUCCCAGAGCCGAGGGAAGGGACCACUCACGAAAGCUCCAAGCGCAGAGAUAAAGAAGCAGCAGCAAGAGGAGCGCGAGAGAAAUCGCGUGGCGGACCCAGCGCCGCGAGGCCAGCGGAAGCAGCGCGACCCCCACGGCCGCUGCGGGGGCCAUCGCCCCCUCUCCAGCCCCAAGCCAGCCCUUGUCCCUCCGCCUCGGGAGAAGCCUGCGGGGCCCUAAGUUGUUAAGGGUUAAUAAUUAACCUACUAAGGCCCCUUCCCCUGUGCUCUUUGCCCCAGAGGGCAGCAUCCCAGCGGAGAACAGGAUGAAGAAGAUUUGGGGGGGGGGCGAUUCAGCAGCAACCACUUGUCUCCGCGCUUGCCUUAUGUGUAGGGCCAGGCUGUGUAAGAGGGAAGAGGGGCUGGGGUGAGAACCGGCUCCCCCACCCAGCAGUGGGUGUGGGCCCUACGCUUACUGGACUUGAAUUCCCGCCGCCGUAAAUUGAGGACAAUAAAUAAUAGGUACUUUGUCGAUCUCAUCCGAGGGUUAGCUGAUAUCGUAUGUGCAAACACUGUACAUGGAAAAGCUGACCACAAUUGCUCCAUAACUCUUAACCUAUGAAGUUCAAACAUAGGGCAACUGGGAUCCAGGAAGCACCCACUUUUAAAUUCACAACCCUGUCUUCAGGGGACCUGUCUUGAUCUGGAUGCUUUGUAUGUUAGGCUUUAACUGUUUACAUUUUUGUGGUUUAAUUCCUUUUAAACUCCAGAUUGGUUCUGGUUCUCUGGUUAUUCAUUUUCUUGCGUGUGUGAUUUUAUUUUUUUUUAAGUAAUCUCUAUGCCCAACGUGGGAUGAACUCAUGGCCCGAAGAUCAAGGGUUGCAUGCUCUACGGACUGAGCCAGGCAAGCACGCCCCCCACAUUAUUCUUCAAACCAAACUUUAGUAACUAUUUCUGCAUCCAGGCCCUGUACUAGGCCUCAAGGAGACAAAAGAACCUUCACACAGCUCAAGGUCCAUUGGAAAAUGUACCUUCUGUCUCCCCCACACAGAUGUGGGCUCCAAUGAAGACAGGGGCCUUGUUUUUCCCGGUUGCUGUUCUAUUUGCAGCACUUAGAAUAUUGCCUGGGCCCAAAUACAUUGUUGCUAUAUAAAUAUAUAUUGAAUAAACACAGGAAAGUGUGGAGAGCGGGCAAAUCGGGUGGUGUGCCCUGUGAUAGAUGAGCCAUUCUUUUUUCUUCCCAAAUUAGGAGUCCACCUGGUGGUCAUAGCUAGGAAAACAUUCAGGGGAAGGACCCAGGAAACGCCAGAAGAAACAGCAUCUCUUGCUCCUAGGGCGUUCUCAAUCCCCUGUCCAUAAACUUCCUAGAAUUGUUCCUGUCUGUGUAUACUUUCUUCUCAGGGGAAGGGGUACCCCAGAUUCUCUGGGAGUCAGGGCCCCAACCCCUAUGAAGAUCCUUUCUAGCUCCCACAGUUUCUGGAUUCUUGCCCCAUCUCUCCCUCUAAUGCUCCCUCAAAUCCUGGAGGUCCCUAAGGUUGCUGCUGACCAAUCCUGUCCAGCAUUUCAGAGCAUCACUUCCAUCCCUAGACUUAGGCUCUCCACUUCCCAGUGUAGGAGCUGGGAGUUUGCCAGCUUGCUGACCUUGACCUUAGACAAGUUGCUUGCCAUUUCUAAACCCUGGUUCCAACACCUGCGGAAUAGAAAGGGUAAUCCCCACCUCCUAUACUAGUUAUGAGGAUUGAAUAACAAGGCCUGCAGGACUUAACCACAAGUCACAGCCUGGAGUAAAUGUUCAGCAGGGGGUGGUUUAUUCAAAUGGUCAGUUCUCUUUGUCUUCCCGAGCAGAGAAUGGAGUCUGCAGGGUUCCCGGAACGGAUUAGUUUCGGGUGUCACUUAAUCCGGGAGGCCCUUCCGUAAUCAGAGCCUUCAGAGCAGCAGAGGGGGGUAUAAAUUGCGAACGGGGCCCAGCUCACAGGCUGCAGGAUGGAGAGGGGGGCCAGAGCCCAGCUGUGGCUCCUGCUGUGGGUUACCUGCUGCGGACACGCACAAGCCCACCACCCGAGUGACUACACUUCGGUCAUCGAAGUGACCAAUGGGGGUCCUUGGGGCGACUGGGCCCAGCCUGAGAUGUGUCCUGAUGGAUCCUUUGCCAGCGGGUUCUCGCUCAAGGAGGAGACCCCCCAAGGCAUUCCUGGCGACGACACUGCUUUGAACGGGAUCCGACUGCACUGCUCAGGCGGGAACGCGGAGAGCAACACGCACGUGGUGGAGUCCCAGUCUGGAAGGUGGGGCACGUGGAGUGAGCCCCUGUGGUGCCCCAGCGGUGGCUUCCUCGUGGCUUUCUCACUGCGCGUGGAGGCCCCCAAGACCCUUGUGGACAACACGGCGGCCAACAACGUACGCUUCCGCUGCUCAGACCACACGGAGCUGGAGGGGCCCGGCCUGGCCUGGGGCAACUUUGGAGAAUGGAGUAAGCCCUGCCCCAAAGGCAUGUGCGGUUUGCAGACCAAGGUGGAGCGGCCGAGGGGCCUCCUGGAUGACACCGCCCUGAACGACGUGCGCUUUUUCUGCUGCCACAAUUAACGAGGGCGCCCGCCCCGGGGCCAAUCCCACCGCUCGCUAUUAAAGCUUCUCUGUCUUGGC